AUAACUUUAGUAUUAAAUUUUUUUCCCAUUUUCGCUAGUUCAAGAAGCCUUGUACUAACGGCAUCGUACUUUAAUUCAAGAAUUUGUUGAAACAAUUCUACUUAAUUAGAUUAAGAGCUUCACUCUUUCAGUCCACCUCUUGUUUGAAUGACAUCAAAAGGUGGGAUUCAGAUUUAUAAGGCGCCAAUGAAGCUUAAGGAAAUCUAGAAUAUUUACCUUUCUCUUUGAAAGCUUGAAUAGCUGUAUUUCAUUUAUAUUGCUUAAGUGGCUACCCACAGAAGAUCAAAAUGUCUAAUAUAUAAGCCCUAAUCUCCAGAAGUAAUAUUCCAAAAUGCCUCUUCCAAAGAGGGUGAUCGAACCUGUUCACGUAACCAGGGGUACCCUCCCUGAAGAUUUCCCCUUGCCUUCUGAACUAGAGGCUGUUACUAAUGGAACUUUAGCUAACACUGUUCGUCAAUUAUCUUCUCUCUCGAAGCAUGCAGAGGACUUGUUCGGCGAAUUGGCCAGAGAUGCUCAGCAGCUCAACGAUCGAUCAAAUUCUCUUCAGGCAAGGAUAGAUAGGUUGGCCAUCAAGGUGACGCAAUUGGACAGUAAUGUGGAGGAAGUAUCCCUGCAAGACAUUCACAUGAGAAAAGCGUUCAAGAGUGCUAUACUAUUUGAUCAACAGAUAUUUUCAAGAGCGACAAUGCCGACAGCAAUGUUGGAGACUUACAAGGCUUGCGACAAACCGCCCCCCUUGGACAAACUGAACUGUUACAGAGACGACGGCAAAGACGGCCUUAAAUUCUACACUGAUCCUAAUUACUUCUUCGAGUUAUGGAGGCAAGAGAUGCUCAUCGAUACCGAAAGGAUGAUGCACGACAGAGGAAAGAAACCUCACAGACCUCGUACUGCCGGCAGCGAAGGUAACAGACACAAGAAAGGUGUAAGACGGCCGCACAAUACGAGGGAGAGACAGAAACAAAUCGCCAUGGGACACGGAGAGUAUAUCAUGCCCCAAAACAGCAUCUAUCGGACUCCUCAGCCAGUCCAACAGAUGCCAUUGACUGAAGAAAUAAUUCAGGAACAGAGGCCACCGAGACCGAACUCUAUCGAGAUACGUAGGUCAUAUCAACAGGAAACAGUGACCGACGGUUUACCGUCUCCGAUAUAUCCGCGCUACGAUGAGAACCCUUACCAGCAGGGUAUGUACGGACAGGGCCCGUUGAGUUCUGAAUCGUUGUAUCAGAGCGGCACACCGACUAGAUCGAUUAAGGUCAGGCCUAGUCAACCGCCACCGGCUCCUCCAAGUAACAGCAGUACACCUUCGGCUAACACUCCAACGAGAAGUAAUCGAAGUAUGCCUACUGGCAGGGACACACUCCCCCCUCCUCCGCCGCCUCCUGAGACCACGAUGUCACCCCCCAACGGCAUUCCACCCCACCUGGCAAGAUCGCAGAGCCAAUCCAGAUCCAACAGUCCCCACUCCCAUCAAGGUACACCUGAACCUAACCAAGACUUACCCCCUCCACCUCCGAUUCCUAAGCAAGCAUCCCCACCAAAGGCUCAAACGCCAGUUCAGGCCUCCCCACCACCUCCCCCACCUCCAAUGCCUCUGAGCAUAAUGACAAAUGGGGCAGUGAAUCUGCCGUUGGUGAAUGGCGAUCUUGCUAAGAUCCUGACCCAAUCGCCCCCAAAGUUGAAUCCGGUGAAAGAUCGACCCAUGCCGAAACAACUUCCACCCUUGGACAAUCCGAGAAACGAUCUGCUGAAGGCUAUUCGAGACGGUAUCAAGCUGAGAAAAGUGGAAAAGAUCGAACAAAAGGAAGUUGAGCGCCACGACGUCGCUAGUAUUUUGGCGCGAAGGGUUGCUGUGGAGUUCAGCGAUUCGGAGUCUGGUAGCGAUUCAGAAGACAGCGAAGGAUGGGGCGACAAUGAAACAUCUGCGUGACAUAAACGAAAGGCUAGCAUGUCUAGCCAAGUUUACUGAUGAAGGAACAGUUACAACGAAUGAACAGGGGAUAAAAAGAGGAGUGUCUUGGGUGCCAAAAUGAGUUUUCAAAAAAAAAGAUUUCGAAACGAAUAAAGACGACUAAUUACAUCAAGAGUUUAUAAACACGCCUCUGGAAUAUUUUUAAUUGAAACGAUCCGAAAUAAAGCAUUUGACACGAGUACCCAAGUCUGCUGGCAAGCUAUUAAGAUUACUCCAAAGAAAAUGACUAUGAAAUCAAAAUAAACGUUUUUAGUAGUUUUGUAGACAUGCAUACUUUGCAAUAGCUGCUGCAUUCGGUGAAUGUUGCGGUUGAUGAAUAUUUAAAAAAAAAAAACAUGUGUAGUAUAUAAAAAUUAUUUAUUAUCGAUUCCCAUUUUACUAACAAGCCAUAUUCACUGACCACAGCUGAGAAUGAAGUUAUCGACAUUUAUUUAUUGUUUAUAUUCGUGGAAACCCUUUACAUGAUUUCUAACGUUCCAGGCAAAUAUCGGUUUUUAUAGAGUACAAUAUUUUCAUACUUUUGUAUAUAGUGUACUAGACUUUGUUGUUGAGUUUUCCAUUUUAUUCUACUUUGUUCAUAUUUUAUUGACUUCAAAAUUAUAUAGUGUAAUGUGCAAAUUAAAUCAAUGCUUAUAUGUCUGUUUUUGGAACAUUAUGUAUAUUUAUAGCCUGCUGUAAUGCCAAAAGUCAGUAUUAGAAAAAAAAUAACUAAUACUUAUGUAAUGUAUCUGUGAGAUUUUUAUAAUUUUGGUGUGAAAAUGCUGUAUAUAUUAUGACUUUCAAAAAUCUCCUCUUUCAAUGAAGAAAGUUAAAACGUACUUUCCAUUUUUUCUAUUAUACCAAAAAAACACUUCCAGACUAAUUUUAUGGAGUGAAUUCUUUUGGUGUUCCCAUUAAACAAAUUUAAUAAAUUAAAAGUAAUAACGAAACCCAAGUACAAUAAACAAAUUAUCAGGUGUAUUGUGCAACGUGUAAUUUUAUUGAAUUAGUGUCAUUUACUCUGAAUUCUGGUAAUUGAAAUUGUUGAAAUUUGUACUAUCCACAGUAAUACUCAUUUUAAUAUCUGUUAUGAUUUGUAAAAUAUUUAGUGGGAAUAAUAAAUAUUGAAUUAAAUAGA